UAGAGUGACUUCCCCUUGCGAUGUAAGCAACAUGGCCGCCUACAUGAAGCGUAUUCGUGACAGACUGUCACCGUCUUACUGGAAGCGUUUUCUGUUCGAUCCUGGAAGCGCACUGCCUAUCCUUAUCUUGCUUUUUAUCGCCGAGGUGGCAGUCAAUGUUGCAGUUAUCAUAAAAAUCAAAUACACAGAAAUUGACUGGGUGGCCUAUAUGCAAGAGGUGGAAGGUGUUAUCAAUGGAACUUAUGACUAUCUUCAACUUAAAGGAGACACUGGCCCACUUGUGUACCCAGCUGGUUUUGUGUAUGUGUUUCUUGGUUUAUACUAUGCCACAGAGCAUGGUAUAAAUAUUCGACUUGGCCAGUAUUUUUUUGCUGCACUCUAUCUUCUUACGAUCGUCAUUGUAUUCCACAUUUAUCGGAAGACAAAAAUGGUACCACCAUAUGUGUUUUUCUUCAUGUGCUGCACUUCCUAUCGCAUCCAUUCCAUUUAUGUUCUCAGACUUUUUAACGAUCCAGUUUCUAUGGUCUUCCUCUACAUUGCCAUAGCAUUUUUCCUUCAUGGACAUUGGUCAUGGGGUUGUCUUUUCUACAGUUUAGGAGUUUCCAUCAAAAUGAAUCUUCUUCUGUUUGCACCGGGUUUGCUGUUUUUACUACUGGUAACACAAGGAACAUUAGGAACAGUGAAGCAUUUAAUAAUCUGCGCCUUACCACAGGUUCUUCUUGGUUUACCCUUUCUUCUUGAAAAUCCAGCAGGUUACAUUGUGCGUUCAUUUGACCUCAGUCGUCAGUUUUUCUACAAGUGGACUGUGAACUGGCGUCUGUUGCCAGAAGAUAUGUUCUUGAACAGGACAUUCCAGAUAAGCUUGCUGAUAUGCCAUAUUGCAGUGUUGUUACUCUUCUGCUGCUUCAGGUGGAGGAAACUUUUUCCUGAGAUCCAAUUUAGUCUUUGGAUGGGAAAAACCAAGAAUCUUCCCAAACCAAUUCAGAUUUUAUUGCCACUGUUUACAGCCAACUUCAUUGGGAUGUGCUUCAGUCGGUCCCUUCACUACCAGUUUUACGUCUGGUAUUUCCACAGUCUUCACCUACUCCUGUGGUCUACGACUCUUCCAGUUGUGCUGAGGCUUCUUUUGCUGGGGCUUGUGGAGCUAAGCUGGAAUACAUAUCCUUCCACUGUGGUUAGCAGUAGUAUACUUCAUGUGUGCCAUGCCUUGCUGCUGGGAGCACUGUGGUGUAGCCCACUUUUCUCCAGACAAACUUCAGGGGUCACUGCUACUACUACACAGGCUAAAAAGAUGAAGUAGAUAACAGUAUAAAAGUGACUUAUGGGAAAGAGUGGUGCAGGAUUGUCUCCUCAUGGGGCUACAUGCAGCCAGCAUUGUGUAAAUGAAGUAACAUAUUCAGUGAGGGCAGGUUUCUUGCUGAUAAGAGUUAUAAGAUCUACAUCUGACUGCUUUUUAAUGGCACCAAGAAUCCCUUACUAAAUGUGAAAUGUCAGUUUUGAAAUAAAAUAUCAAAUGAACAUGAUUGGGGUAAAGGGUUUCAGUGGUGUCUUUUUCAUGGCACCACCAUGUCCUGCAGUACUGGGAUUACAUUACCACUUUCUUCUUUAUUCCCUUUUUCUGUCUUCCUUUCAAGUGCUUUUAGUUGUAUUGUUGGUUUAUAUUUUUUUGUGGGAGGUCUUUUUGGUUGUUAGGUCUUUCUUCCUUACAUCUUAACUUGUGGAUUCAACAUUACUUGGUGCAAAGGGAAAAGUACCUUCUUUGUAAUUAUUGAUAUUAAGAUUGCUGUAUGCAUAUGCAUAUUGUGUGAGCAUGCAUUUUGUUUUGUGAACUGAAAUCAUCAAAGUUGAUAGAAAUUCCCCAAAUAAAUUUACGAUAAGUAAUAUCGUUUUCCUAAUCAACUGGCUGUCAGACUUCAGUCCAUCUAUUCUAUUGAUUUCUCAGUAUGAACGUAUGUGCAUAUAUUAGAUAUUUGUAGCAUUUUAUCUAUGUGUAUCAUUUGUGUGAGUGUAUAUAUAUAUAUAAAAUAAAAGAAAUAUUAAGAGGGGAACAUAAAUUAUUGCUUGAGGGAAUAUAAAGGAAAAUAAAAGAGCAAGCAACCAAGGAAAAGAAACAAGAAGUUUGUGUUCUGUAGUAUUAAAGAGAAAAUGAAAGUAAAAUUUCUCAUCCUUGUAAACAAUAGUUUUGUUUUCAAAUUAUUUUAUGAGUAAGCUCUCAACUCCUGUGUAACACAAUGUGCUGCUUUUAGUUCAAGAUUGACACAUUAACCCAUUACAUUAUAGGAAAUAGGCCCAACUAACAUUCCUGUAAACAUAUUACCAUCAUCAGUAACAUUAAAUACAUUUUCUUCACAAAUUAACAAACACAAUCAACCCGAAACAUAUAUCAUGAUAUCUUAACAGGAAACAAGGUUUCCUGUGUCAGUUAUUUAAGAAUUUCCAUUCUGACCAUUUUUCCAUGACACCACAGGGCGGCAAAAGUUAAUCUUAUUUUCUUUUUGUGGCCUUGGUAAUUGAAUCAAUUACUACAAAGACAAUACUUCAACCAACCCAGUUUCUGAUUAACUGCACAACAUUGCAGAAGAUCUUAAAUUCCACUGUCAGUUUUGUUUCAAAGGUUAAUAGUUCAGCAAUAAAUUCACAAAACUAAAGAAACACCAUAAGUUUUCAUCCAUAUCCAUCAUUACCAAGACUGAUCGACAUCUUUUCAAACGGGUUACCCAACGUCAAUAAAAUCACUACAAAUUAUUCAUAAUAAUAAUGUCUAUAUAUUUGAGUUAUGAGUGUUAUAUGUCAUGAAGCUGAAGUUGGAUGGUCUGAAAAAAUGAUGAAGAAAUUCUGUUCUGCAGAAAGGAGUGUGAAGAUUCUGUUUUACUUUUUCGUGAGUACUUUCAGUUAAGGUGCCAGUUAAUGUUCUUACAAACCAGAGGACGUUUUUUUUCAGUUACUCUGUACUUGCAUCUGAUGUUUCUUUUAAAAUAUUUUUUCUUACACUGGAUUAUACAAUAAAACCAUUUUAGUUCAUGUUAUUUUCUAUAUUGAAUUAGCAAUGUAAUACAGAUUCCCCCAAAAUUUGAUAACUAACAAAAUACAAAACUUUGUUUCCGAGAGAACACUUAAGUCAACUGUUCUAAAUACAAACAAGGGCCUUCACCUUGCAUGCUUUUUAAUUCAACACCCUUUAAUGUGUGACAUGAGCUGUGGGAUUUUGUACUUUGACACACUUCCAAACCUUUAUUUAUAGUUUGCUCGUGUUUAGCUUAUGUUAUCAAAAAUAUUGCCUUUGCAGUUUGUUGUUGGCAGCUCACAGUAGUAAGUGUGCAGUGAAACAUUCUAAUAUCUUUAUACUUUUAAUAAAACAGAUGUACUAUAAA